AUGGCGGCCGGGGAGCGGCGGGGUGCGGCGGGCUUCGCGUUCCGCCCCCUGCCCCAGAAAGCCUUUCCCUGCCUGCAGGAUAGGGACGUCCGGGAGCGGCUGCUCAAAUGGUCAAUGCAAGGCAGUAUCGCAGCACAAGCGUUCAGCUUCGACCAGCAGUUUAAGCCCUAUCAAAAGGAUGAGUUCGUUAUGGCGUUUUUUAAUGAUCAGAAUGUGAUCUCCAAUUUAAAGUUGCUCUCAGCUUCAGGACAUUGGACUACAUUGGAUUCCAAAGUGACGAAAAUUGAAGCUACAUUAGUGCCCUGUACACAGACUUCCAUGUCAUUUUUUGAUCGGCUCUACACUGAAGGAAUUGUUAGAGAAAAUGGAGUCAUUGUAAAAUGUUACGAUGAAUAUUACGAUGAUAUCCUUAUCUCUGAUGAAUUAAGGAAGGUUUUGCUUCUGGAAGAUUCAGAUCAUUAUGACAUAUUUAGUGAAUCAGACCGCAAGGAAUUUCUGUUCUGUCUUUUUAAACAUCUUUGUAUUGGAGGAACUCUGUGCCAGUUUGAAGAUGUACUUGGCCCAUACUUAGAAACUACAAAGGCUUUAUAUAAAGACUUGGUGAGUGUUCAAAAGAAUCCUGAAACAAAAGAAAUAAGCAUUACUUCUACUGUCUUCAGAGUGUCUGCAUAUGACAGCAGCGGCCUGUGCUACCCGUCGCGCACAGCCCACGCCCAGACCUUCUGCUAUCUGCUGCUGGACCCGGCCCGGCGCCACGUGCACGCGCUGUACCACCGCUUCGGGGGCGGCGCGCCCUGA